GCUGCAAUAUGGAGACUCUGAAAGCCGUGUGUGACUUUGGGAGUAAGAAAUGUGGCCACCGAUCAAGUGUGUAAGAUAACGCGAUUGUUUAUAUGUUGUUUGGGCGUUGAAUCAGCGGCAGCAGUAGUUAACACAGCUGUGUGUUUAGAUCAGUUUGAGUUUUGUAUAGUAGGACUGUUCCUCAGAAGGUCCUGCAAGUGAAACAUUCACUGACAUCUAACGUUACUGUAACGUUACUUCUUCUAGUGUCUUUUUAGUAACUUAUACUGCAACCGAAAGUGAAGUGUGCAGUUUGUGCAAAGUGUUUCUCUAUAUAAAUGCGCCUUUCGUAUCUGUUAAUGUGAAAGACUUGAUGACGCUGACACUUGAGAGAGUGCUCUGGGUGCAUUGACAGGGGUGUCAUGGUCCAACCUGCGAGAAAUUUCCGGAAGUUAAGCGUGACAUUUUGCAUCGACUUUUUGCCUUCCUGAUCGACAUCGCUGUUGAAAUCGGAUUAAACUGGGCAUCAGUGCAUGUUAGAUACGCAGUUAAAGUUUCAGUUUUCCAGGGAUUCUUAGUGUUUGGGGUGAAAAUGCUGCUGUCUCUGGUCGUGCACACGUAUUCAUUGCGUUACUGGCUCCCGGCGGCCGUGAUGCUGGGCACCGCUCCGGCUUACGUGCUGUCCUGGAGCGCCUGGAGGCUGCUGUCUGUCCUCCUGCCCUCCAGACUCUAUCACACUGUGGAUGAUCGGGCGUAUUCAUUCUAUCAGAGCAUGGUCCUGUUCUUCUUUGAGAAUUACACGGGCGUGGAGAUUAUAAUUUACGGGGACGACAUACCAAAGAAAAAGGAGAAUGUUGUUUACUUGUCCAACCAUCAGUCCACAUCUGACUGGAUCAUAGCUGACGUGUUGGCCAUUCGUCAAAAUGCACUCGGACAUGUAAGAUACGUCCUGAAAGAUGGUCUAAAGUGGCUUCCACUGUACGGGUGGUAUUUCUCACAGCAUGGAGGAGUGUAUGUCAAGAAGAGUGCCAGAUUUGAUGAGAGUGCCAUGAAGAAGAAAUUAUCCUCUCAGGCUAAAGUGGGCACACCUAUGUAUCUUGUCAUCUUCCCAGAGGGAACCCGCUACAACCCCGAGUUCAAGAAAGUUGUUGAUGACAGUCAAACUUUUGCAGCUAAAGAAGGACUGGCUGUGCUAAAGCACGUUUUGACUCCAAGAAUGAAAGCAUCACACGUUGCCAUAGAUGCUAUGAAGGGUCACCUGGAUGCCGUGUAUGACAUCACUGUUGCGUACGAGGGGACCCUCACAGCAGACGGCCAGAGGCGUCCAGCUCCUUCAAUGCCAGAGUUCCUGUGUAAGGAAUGCCGCAGGGUGCACAUCUACUUCAAGCGUUUGGACAUGAGGGAAAUUCCUCCUGAACCCGUGUUCUUCCGCAGGUGGCUGCACGAAAGAUUUGAAAUCAAGGAUCAGCUUCUGACCACUUUCUACGAUUCCGAAGACCCAGAAAAAAGGUCCAGGUUCCCUGGAGAAGGUCAGAGGUCACCACUCGGUCUCUGUAAGACGUUGCCUUCACUCCUGAUUUUCGGUGGUCUGACUUUACCCAUGCUUUUAACCGAGUCAGGUAGAAAACUCUAUCUCAACACCUGGAUCUAUGGGACUCUGCUGGGAUGGGCGUGGGUCAGCGUCAGUCCAUAAGCAGCAAGCCAUAAGAAAAAAACAUCCUCACGGCUAUACCAGCACUCAGAGAUGUGAGGUUGCUUCUCUGGAUAAGAUUUCGGAUUCAUAGUUUUGAACUUUUGGCUUAUAGCGUAUCAAGAGGCUCAUUUACUGUCCGUCUUGUAAUACUCUCCCAGUUGACUGAUGGUAAACUUUAACACCGUGUCUAUGCUGCAAGCAAAGAAUAAGCUGCAACAAAAGAAUGUUUUUAUCAGUGACCUCAUUUGCUCGCAGGGAAGACAGAUUUGUUGGUCAUAGGCUGAGCAUUGCAGUGGCUUGUUUGUGGCGUAAACACUGCGUGAUGUUUGUCUAUCAGGAAUGCGCCGGUUACAAAAACACAACGCAGAGAGAUCAUUACGUGAAGAUUUAGCUUUUGAUUUCAAACUUUUUUUGUCAUUUUCUGUUUGAAAAGUAAAUAUUUUAAAUGUUCAACUUUCCUUUAAGUUUUUGAUGACUGGUGGAGUUCUGAAAAUUAGUAUUUUUUUAUCAAUGUGUUUACAGGCUCGGAGUUCUGUUAGUUCAUGUUCUUGAGUGUCUGUGGAAUGUUUUAUUUUUAUAUUACGAAUGGAGUUAUUUCACGUUGAUUAUCAUUUUUAUUUGAUUUGAUGACAAGACCUGAAAGGGCCAUCAGAUAUGGGCUUUAUAUUGUCAGUGUUUGCACUAUUGCUAAAUAUUUCAGAUUGUUGCCAAACCUGCGAACGAAAAGCAGUAGGACAAAAAAUCUUUCACAAAUUACUCUGCCUCCUGUUGCUAUUAAUCUGUAUUCUUUUUUUAUUUUCGUUCGUAGAACACCAAAAGAGAGAUUGUGAAGAAUCUUUUCAUAUAACUAAGGUCUAUAGUGUCCAUGACAGUCAAGCUCCAAAAUGGACCUUUUUCUAAAGUAUUAUGAUAUAAGAAACAGGCCAAAGGUUGUUUACGGAUAAUCUUUCUCUCCGUCACAUGUUACUCGUACUUGCAUUCAAAUUCUGAAAUGGUUUGGUGUUCUUGACCACUGCUCUAAUUGGAAGGACAAUAAGAUUUAGGAGCUGCAAUAAAUUAAUGAAAAAUGACUCGGAUAGAAUAGAAUUACUAUAAUGAAAUGUAGUCUUUUUAUCGAGCUUGAAAUCUCAUGGUCAUUAUAUAUUUUUGUUUUAUGGAGAAAAGUAGGGUUCAUUUUUUUAUUUUGGGUUCCCCCCCAAAAUUGCAAUACCUACUUUAGAAUGAAUCAGUUAAAUUCAUUUUAAUAUUAAAAAUGUUCUAAUUUAAAUACAAUAAAUAAAUUUUGAAUAUUUGAAUUCUAUUGGAAUAUCUUUAUUAAAAGCCUGCGUAAUAACAGGAAGAAAAGUCUGGAAAAUCUGUCAUGUCGUGCAUUUGGUGUAGACUUUAAUAUCCAAAAACAAAUCCCAGAAGUAUGGACACCACCUUGUUUAUGCCUUUCAUGAUGUACAAAUGAAUGAAAUCUUGCGCUUUGAUGAUAAUAGACAAGUAAAUAUCAUAAAGUGCUGCUGAAGCGUUUUGGCACUUGGAGCUUCACUCCAUCUAUCUAACUGCAUCUGUGGGUAACUCUUCUAAAAAUACGAGUUCCCACAUUUAAAAGAUUUGUAGGCUUACAGAAGAUUAUGCUUGCCCAUGGUUUAUACUGUGUGGUUGUGUCAUCUGAAAUAUAUUCUGAUGGGGAAAGUAUUUGAACAAGUAUGGAACACUUGAAAAUUAAAAUGAGUUAAUGGGAUUGAGAUGAGAUAAUGUCUGAGUUUUUAACCCCAAAGUCAUUCAAAUUUAAAACCUUAAAUGGAAUCAAGCCCUUCUUUAUCUAACAAUACAAUUUUGGGGAUGUAGGAAACUUAACACACAUUUUACCCACAGCGCCAAAUUUAAGCAUUUGCCAAAAUGUCGAUUUACCUAGAAGGCACUUUUUAUUCUUUCAUCGAGUUUAAACACAGAUUGCACAAUAUAGAUUACACCUGCCUGCAUGCCGAUAGGCUGUUAGUUUAGAUUCUAAUGAUUCAUUUGUGCUUUCAGAUGAGGGCUAUUUGCAUUCAUAAUAACUGUGUGUUUUACGCUCUUUCCAUAAUCUAAAUGUAACCAAUAUGGUGUUUUUACAUAAUAAAUUCUACCUCCUAAACUUAAUCUACAUUUACCAUAAGCAGUGUGUCCUGUUGUGAAUGUUUUUUUUUUCUCUUGUGGGUUGAUAUCUGCUCUGAUUUUAUUUGUAUUGUCGUGUGUAUUGUGUUUCAGACAGCUAAGGAACGUCUGAGAAAUUUUGACUUCUUUUCAAAGGUCAUGUCUGGGCAAUGAUGGCAGUGUUUCCUAAUUUCUCUGUUUAAGUGUUUCAGCAGUUCACACAAUUAAAACAAAUCUUCAUUUUCAGUUCUAAUUGUUGUUUAUCCUUCAUUUAAGAAUGACAAUAUCGCUUUUGUUUCACAUCAUUCAUGUAUGACUGAUAAAAUUGCUGCAGCUCAUUAAUUUCUCACGAGAGCAUCUUUUGGGCAGAAAUGGAGACGGUCUUGUACCCCAGUGUGGACCGAUGUGAUGUUAAUAUUCAAAGAAUGUAAUUAUUGUUGCCAGUUAUCUACUGUACCAGACUAGUGUUUGAAACAAAGACUUUUGAUAUUUUGUAAUAUGACUGGCACAAUCCUCAAAUCUACGCCUCGGUGUUUCCUGAUCAAUGAGGCUCAACUCUUCCUUGUAGGCUUUGAUCUUGUGUAUUUUUUUACUUUGUUAUUCAAACACAAUCCUCAUGAUACUGCAACAGCCCAACUGGUGCUGCAUUGAUGCCUAUCCUUUAAAGACUUGUAAUGCAGUAUUGUUUAAAUAGCCAUAUUAAUGUCAGCCCAGCAGUACACAGAUUUAUCUAGAAACACUUCAUCCCAUUGUCUGUACUUGGUGACGUUCACAAUAAAG